AACUACUAAAAGGCCUUUAAGGUAUUAGGGCUUGUUCCUACUAACACACAGGUAGUGUUAGAUUGCCUUAAAGUGCAGCUGCAUACCCUACUAGUAGUACCUCUACCUAAAAUACUGUAGCAAUCUAAGACGCUAAGUAAUACACACAAGUUUAGGUCUUAAUCUAAGCUUAUAAGCAACUCCUUCUAACAAUUACUAAGUGCAGCACAAGAGGGGUUCUUAAAGCUUGUAAAAGGGGCUAAAGAGAUGCUGCAUAAAAACAUCCUUAUUAAGGCCUACGUGCAAGAGCUUGAAGAGCAAUUAGCAGUAAUAACUAAGAGAAAAUUGCGUAAGAGAAAGCAGAUUCAGCAUAGUGGCACACUUGAGUAUGGCCCAGCAGCAUCGCAGGAGCUUAGUCAACUGUUUAGCGCUGUAGGAACUGCAGCAAGACUAGACACAACGCACGAACGUGCUAGGAGGGUGCAGAAAUAUCUUCUAAAUCUAAUGCAAGCACGCAGUAUACUAGGUUACUAUUUAAUAGCAAGUAGUUGUAGUUGUAGUAACUUGUGUUAG